AUGGUCCUGCCAGCCUGCCCUGGGCGAUGCCGGCUCGCGAUGUUCAAGGGGGACGAGCGGACGAGGACCCUCGAAAUCAACAUCGAUAACCUCCCGUACACUGUCUGGACCAGCUCGGGCACGACCACCGGCUUCGAAACCAUUGAAGUCGACACUAUGGGGCGAUGGAUCGAGAUUGUCGGGGUUCUCGAGGACUCGGAGUGGCUCAGCAUCAUGGAGGUGGAGAUUCUGGUCGACGACGGUGUUACCGAUACCGAUGAUGUUGUCGAUACCACGGAGGUCGAGGCCGGCUCCCUGGGAACCGUCACGGCCACGUCUGCCCUGUUCGAUCCCAGCCUCGGUGACUCCAAUGGAUGCGAUCCCGCGGGAUGCACGGCAGAACUGACAAGGGAUGGGGACGUCUCCGACGAAUCUAGGUGGUCUUGCGCCCCCUCGCUCGGCGGCACGUGCAGCAUCUCCUACGACCUCGGGGCCGUCUACGACCUCUCCGAGCUCCGCCUCGCGUUGUACAAUGGAGCGACCAGGGUCAGGACGGUCGAUGUAACCGUCGAUGGUUCCCUCGCCACCACCUGGACCAGCUCGGGCACAACGGACGGCUUUGAGAGCAUUGAUCUGUCGGGAUACUCUGGACAAGACAUAACCGUCACGGGUGUCCUGGACAAUUCGGAGUGGCUCAGCAUCAAAGAGACGGAGAUCAUGGUGCUAUCGGACGGCGUCGUUUCGCCGCCCAGCCCUUCUACGACCACUCCUGCCCCCGUCUUCGCUCCCGUUGCCACUCCGAACCCAACGGUCGCCACCCCAGAGCAACUCUUUUCUGCCAAGGAAAUCGGGACCCAGGACACCACUGUCACCACCACGGCGGACUUGUUCGAUCCCGACCUCGCCGUGGACAACGGCUGCGACCCGGCCGGAUGCACAGGGGCGCUCACAAGGGAUGGUGACAUGACGGAUACCUCACGCUGGGCUUGCGCACCCAGCCUUGGCGGCGUCUGCUCGAUCUCGUACGACCUCGGGAGAGAGUUUGGCCUCGAUGAGCUCCGAGUCGCGCUGUACAACGGCGACAUUCGGGUCAGGACGAUCGAUGUAUUCGUUGAUGGUGCGCUGGUCACCACCUGGACCAGUUCGGGCACGACGGACGGCUUCGAGAGCAUCGCGCUCCCAGACACGGCUUCCGGGACGGUGAUCGAGCUCCAAGGCGUCUUGGACGACUCGGAGUGGCUCAGCAUCAUCGAGACGGAGAUCAUGGUGUGGCCACAGAACGUCGUCACGCCGCCGCCCGCCCCAGCGGCGACCGUUCCUCCCGCUACCGCUCCGGUCCAACCGGUGACGCCGCCCAGCCCUACGCCUGCGGGCGACCUGCAACCCGUCGGCCUGACGCCCCUGGCUAUCGGGGAUGAGUCGCCGCUCGACCGCUACGCAACCAAGGACGGGGACUUCACCACCUCCUGGACGUGUACAGGCGACCCCACAGAGCCAAACGACGAAGGUAUCACGAAUUAUCAGUGCGAGCUCCUCUUCGGCCUGGUGUACUUCCGCCACGUCAAGCAGGUCAAAAUCGCUCUCGCCGACGGUGCCGAACGUUCGGUGGACAUGAGGCUAGCUGGCCGUUUCGCAAGCUCGAUCGCUGAGGAGUUCGUGACGAGCUCGGGAACGACCGACGGCUUCGAGACGUACGACUUCGACUACAAAGCCAGCAGCAUCAGGAUUGCCGCGGUCUUCUCCUCGCCUGGGGAGUCCAUUUCCAUCUCGGAGGUGGAGAUCGUGGAAGAGGUGGUGGAAGGCGAAGCCCUCAUCGACGGCUUCAGCACCCCUUACGACAACGGAGACGGCCUUUGGAACGAACCGACGACUGACGGGUUCGAGUGGAGUUCCGACUCCGACGAGGCCAUCGACCGGAGCUUGACCUUGUUCCUCGCCGGAUACUACACGGUGACGGAACUCCAGCUUAUGUUCCCAGAGGGCGACACAUACAAGUUUGACCUGACGCUUUUCAACAAGCUGGACGGCACAGGCGAGGCGUACACGACUAUCACGGGUCUCGAAAGCACCGAUACCGCUGGGUUCCAGUCCUUCGACCUGACGGGGUUCGCCGACCAGUACGUCACCUCCAUCGGAAUCGAAAUGAAGGGGACCGGCUCGGGAGCGCCCGGGUUCGCGAUGCUUGACGCGCUGGUGCUCGGAACCAAGAUCGACAACCCCACCGACACGUUCCACGUCGGGUCUACUUUCAUUGAGUACUGGAGCGGAGACGGAUACCCGGACUUCGUGGGGUCGGGCUCGGGAGACCAAAACGCAAUCAACGGUGCCAUUUGCGCAGUGAAGAAGGGUACUUACGACGGUGUGAACUGCGUCGACAUGGAUGACACUGCUACGGGCACGGUGGAUCUGUCCUUUGGUGCGUACUAUGUCGACGGCAACGUCUUCAUGCAGUCUGGCGUACUCCUCCUCGGCGCGUUCGGUGAUGACGACCCAAACACGACCGACUUCGUACUGGAGGAAGGGGCUGAGGGAAACACUGACAUCGACGCCAUCGUCGUCAUGGACGGCAUUAAGGACGCCUGGAUGGAAGACGUGUGGAUCCAAGGGAAUUACGACCCUGAGACCGACGGCAUUCCCGCCGUAUCUGGCCUGGGAUCGGCCUGCCUCUCGGUUGUGAGCUCCCAGAACAUUACUUGUGAGGGCGUCGACAUUCGCUACUGCAGCGGUGACGCCCUGGUCGUACGCAACUCUGCCCUCGUCAACAUCGACGCCGGCAGAUACGACGAGGAAUACAUUCCGUGGACUAUCGGCCUAAGCGGAGGCACCGGUCUGAUAGUCGACACGUCGGACUCCGUCUGGGUUCGUCGCACCACGUUUUACGAGAAUGCCGUGGCGGGUCUCCACAUAAUGGGCUCCAACAACUUUACCUUCGAAGCGACCAUCGACAGCGAGGAGGGCUCCGAGGGCGAAGGGAACGUUGGCAGCGUUGACGGCCAACAGCCCAUCGAAGUCAUCGUCGAAACCUCCAGCCUUGUAAAGUUCCAAGACAUGCGGGUCCAGUCGGUCAACGAUCCGGUGAUGACCAUCACCGAAAGCACGACGGUGUCCUUCACCAACGGCGGCUACUCCAAUGUCCCAUCCGGCACGUGCACCAUUCAGAUUGACGACCCCAGCACGGUGACGAUUGACGCCGACGAAGAUGAGCUCGUUCUGGAAGGCACGUGCUACGUCAAGGUGUAAAGGCGACGCACAUGCCCACGUGGAGAAGCUUCCACCUAGACACUGUCCACCUAGACGUUAAAGGAGUGGUCAGAACUGCUGCAGAUUGUUGGGCUGCCGCCCUCCCGGCUUCGGAGGCAGUAUGUCCCGUCUUCAUCGAAACAGUGUAAUCUUCACAAUGGGUGUUCGGGGGUGGGCCUCUCUCGUUGUGAAGCUCAAGCUUAGAGAUGAGACUCGCAGAGGAGAGUGCCCCCUACGCACGGCACCCAGUCAGCUCACUUGCGUAGGGCUUGCUCUUGGGUCACCUACUUGCAGAAAAGCUUUUUUGGCACGCGCACUCGAACCUGGUAUGUGACGAGAGGUAAAAUUGCGAACCAGAGCGUGUGUAUACUGUGGCUCAGGCGCGCCUGUUGCGAUAUCCUGGGUCUUUCGCCACGAGUGGCGUGAGUGUGGAGUGUAUUCGGCAGGGGACCACCGUCACAGUCUCGCUGUGGGAUUACUCUCUUUUUGCUUGGUUUAGAAGUGCAGCUAUCUGUGUAGCAUCCCGUGAUGCUUGUGUUUGGCAGCGAUAGAGGAAGUUGCACAUGUGUACCGCUGUCCUGUGACUUGUUAAUGUGAAUUCAAUGUUGAGCUGGGAAACGGGUUUCAUGUGAAGUUCGAAGCAAGGGUCUCGGAGUGUGUCCUAGUGAUAUGAAGUAUUUAGAUGGGCGUGUUGUCCCGGUAUUAAAUUAGUGAGUCCCCUUUGGGAACCAGCACUACAUAUCUGCUGUGUUUGAUUAUUACUCCAUCCACAAUCGGAUAACACGACCAUUCACAGAAUGAUGAACCUUGCUACGUGUACACAAUCGCUGAUGGUGAUCUCAAAUGAACCGCUUGGCGGAUUCAGUAGCGUGCGGCGGGCGACAUACCAACAUGCAGGCUACGGGUCGGACAAGACUUGCAUGAGUUUUAAUGCAUCACUCAAUGACAUACGUUUUUGAAGUUGCUGAUUCAGGCAUCAUCAGUUAAUGACAUUAGGACCGUUGAAUCUGAGAGGUCGCUAUCGAUGAUUUGCCGAAAGUUGUGUGCAUCAGAUGGUACGGGUUUGAGAGAGCAGGCAGGUGUAACCUCUCUAUAACCAAGUAGUACCGAUUUAUGAGAGCAGGCGUGACCUCUCUUUACCGUACCCGCUAGUAGUGCUGUGAACGUCUGUCUGUGCUGCUUUCUGACGACGUGAGCAACGCCCAGCAGCCACAGGACGUCUUAAAAACAUGAACGCCAGCAUGAACCUCCUUCAUUGGCCCUCGUCGAUCCUUGGCGUAAACAGACCAAGGUGUGCGCUUGAUAUGUCAAAAACAUCGAUCACAUAAUCUCAAACUCAUUCCUGCACGAGGAAAUGUGGGACGAAAGAACUCAAAACACAGGUUGGCCCGAGGGUAGGCUUAACGGCAAAGGUAAGAUAGAACUAUCAGACGCAACGAGUCUAGGAGUGCUUACAGGCGGGGCAAGAUGAGGAGACCCAACAGGUCCCGGGAAUCGAUCAACCUUGGUGACAGCUUUAAGAUAGAUGUUGUUCGAAGAAAGUUACAACCCGCUGGCGUACGGGAUGAGUGGACUGGGUUAAAUUGUCUCACGUGGAAAGAAUGUGGGGAGAUUUGACCCCAUUUUCAGAAUCAAUCACCUGUAGGCUGUGUGGAACUCUCUUGUCCGACAACAGAUGCAGGUUGUUGCUGCUUUCCGUUCUCUUCUCUUGAUGAACGAUUUCCCAGGCCAACGCACACAGAUCCCAAGCACAUACGAUCAACCCGAUCGCACGCACACUGAACAGAAGGGCACAUGCCUCGGCAUAAAGCCCCUAUCUUGAAUGGCGUAACGUCAUAGCAUCUGGUAACGCCACUAACCAUGAUCAAACACGAUCACAUGUCCUCCUCCCAAUGCCAUAACACAAGCGCACCCUGAGUGGACGUAUACAAUGCAGAUGCAGAAGCAAGCCUCUGAGGGGCUCUACAUCUCCAUCAAGAGGUUUAGGGGAUGGAUCGAAGAUGCGAAACUCAAAACCCUCACCCGCACCUCCAAACAAAAUAGGCGGAACCAAGAGAGAGGAAAACAAAGGAGCCGUGGGCAGCCUAGUCGGCGGCGGGUACAAUCGGGAAAAGGCACACGGGGUGCGAAAA